AGAGAGAGAGAGAGAGAUCGAAACCCCGAAAUCCCAAAAUUCGCAUUUUCCAAAUCAAGAAUUCGAAUUCCCUUUUCAGGGAAGUCUCACGGUGGCGUCUUCAGGCUCGCCGAGUUUGACGCGAAGAAAACCCUCCAAUUCUUCCACGCCGUCGUCGUCCGCCCAGCCGCGUCGGGUCGUGGGGCGAGUCAUCAUACCCAGCCGGGCUUCGGAGCCUGACUUCCCCUUCUGGCAACAGAACUGGUUCGUAGGAUUACUCUUCGCUAUGGCGAUCGGCUUCUUCUGCUUAGCGGUGUUCCUCAUCUACAACCUGGAUCUGGACACUGGCUACGCAGCCACCGCUUCCACCACCGAGGGCGUUGAGGUCACGUACGGCACCGUGUUGAAGCUGAGGCACGAGAAGACCAAGUUUCGCUUGCAUUCACACGACGUGCCGUAUGGCUCUGGUAGCGGUCAGCAGUCUGUCACUGGUUUUCCCAAUGUCGACGACGCUAAUAGCUACUGGAUUGUUAAACCUGAGCUGGAAACAUCUGCCAAGCAAGGCGAUAGCAUUCCGAGCGGGACAAUCAUCAGGUUGCAGCACAUGAAGACUAGGAAAUGGCUGCACAGCCACUUGCAUGCAUCCCCCAUUACUGGCAACCAAGAGGUGAGCUGCUUUGGGGGAGAAAAUGAAUCUGAUACCGGUGAUCACUGGAGGCUGACAAUUGAAGGGAGUGGGAAGACCUGGAAGCAAGAUCAAAGGGUUCGACUGCAGCAUGUUGACACAGGUGCUUAUCUACAUAGUCAUGACAAGAAGUACACCCGCAUAGCUGGGGGACAGCAGGAGGUUUGUGGUGUGAAAGAUAAACGCGCUGACAACGUUUGGUUGGCAUCAGAAGGCGUGUACCUUCCAGUCACCGAAACUAAGUAGAAGUUGGUCAUUUAGGACGAAUAACUCUAUGAAAACAGGUACACGGGUUUUGGAAUUUUUGGUAGCUGGUACCUGGUCCCAUAACAGUUGUAGUAGGAUGUUCUAAUGAAGCAAAUAUGUUUUAAGAUUUACCAUCUGUUACCUUUUAUCGUUAAUACUGUUUUACUCAUAAAUCCCUGUAUUUGUGUUAUACUGCUUUAGUAAUCAAAUAAUUCGAGCUGUUCUUUCCA